CUUUAGGCAAACCGAGCUCACACCCUGCUGAGGAAAGGAGGAAAAGCCAGAUGAGCCAGUGCCUUGAAUGAGUGGGAACGCCCCGUAAUGGGACGAGAAUUUCUGCUCAGGCACGUGGCUAAACCUAGUUAGGAAGCCUGCGGCGUGGAUAACAGUUCCUGGAGGACCCGCGGCUCCCGAGAGGCGAGCCCUAAGGAUGCGCGUGCUGAAGCUGCUGAUCUUCCUGGCCCACUGGGCAGUCGCCAGGGCUGGACGAGGAAAGUUCUGGCACAUCUCUGACCUGCACUUGGACCCUGACUACAAGGUCUCCGAAGACCCCCUCAAGGUGUGCCCAUCAGCCGGCUCCCAGCCGGUGCCCAACGCAGGCCCCUGGGGUGACUACCUCUGUGAUUCUCCCUGGGUCCUCAUCAACUCCUCCAUCUACGCCAUGAAGGAGAUCGAGCCAAAGCCGGACUUCAUCCUCUGGACUGGCGAUGACACCCCUCAUGUGCCCAACGAGAACCUGGGAGAGGCGGCCGUGCUGGAAAUUGUGGAACGCCUGACCAAGCUCAUCAGAGAGGUCUUUCCAGACACUCAAGUCUACGCUGCUUUGGGAAAUCAUGACUUUCACCCCAAAAGCCAGUUGCCAGCAGGGAGCAACAACAUCUACAAUCAGAUAGCAGAACUGUGGAGACCCUGGCUCAGUAACCAAUCCAUCGCUCUCUUCAGAGAAGGUGCCUUUUAUUCUGAGAAGUUGCUGGGGCCGAGUGGGGCUGGGCGAAUCGUGGUCCUCAACACCAAUCUGUACUAUAGCAACAAUGAGCAGACAGCUGGCAUGGCCGACCCCGGCCAGCAGUUCCAGUGGCUGGAAGACGUGCUGACCAAUGCAUCCCGAGCUGGGGAAAUGGUAUACAUUAUUGGCCACGUGCCCCCGGGGUUCUUUGAGAAGACACGAAACAAGGCAUGGUUCCGGGAGGGCUUCAACGAGGAGUACCUGAAGGUGGUCCAGAAGCACCAUCGAGUCAUCGCAGGGCAGUUCUUCGGGCACCACCACACCGACAGCUUUCGAAUGUUCUAUGAUGAUGCAGGUGCCCCCAUCAGUGUCAUGUUCAUUACACCUGGGGUCACCCCAUGGAAAACCACGUUACCUGGAGUGGUCAACGGGGCCAACAAUCCAGGCAUCCGGGUGUUCGAAUACGACCAAGCCACACUGAGCCUGCAGUUUCUCAUAGGUGAAAUGGGGCUAAUAAGCACAGUUACCUCAUCAGAUUCAAUCAGAGGAUGUCUGCCAAGCAUACCUGGACAUGGUGACCUACUUCGUGAACCUGAGCCAGGCGAACGCGCAGGGGGCGCCCAGCUGGGAGCUCGAGUACCGGGUGACCGAGGCCUACGGGGUGCCCAACGCGAGCAUCCGCUCCAUGCACGCGGCACUGGGCCGCAUCGCCAGCGACCAGGGCGCGCUGCAGCGCUACUAUGUCUACAACUCGGUCAGUUACGACACCCAGGCCUGCGGCGAGGCCUGCCGCACCGAGCACGUGUGCGCGCUGCGCGAGGUGGCCUUCGACGCGUACUACGCCUGCCUGCGCGCCCCCGGCGCCGCGCCCGCGCCCAGGCUCGCGCUCCUGCUCGCGGCGCUGCUGGGCCUGCGCGCGCUGCUCGCGCCGUGACCUUGGGCGCCGCCCGCUGGCACGCUGAGUUCGUCUUCCCGGUGGUAAAUGGGGGCAGCGUCACCCCGAGAGCUGGGCUUUUCCUCCUUUUCCCCCGCAGAGUGAACUGGGAUGGGACAGCCGGAUCAGGAAAUGAAGCACCAAAGACCCCACCAGAAGCACAUUUCUUUCAUGUUUUAUCCGAAAAACAAUGCUCAUCGUGCAUCUUAUUCUGUGCAUUAUUCCUUUUAAUAUGUACAUAACGUUUAAAGCAACUCCCUUGCAGCUAUUGAACGUCCUCCCCUCCUCCUCGAGCGGAUAAUCAGAGCGAAAUGAGCCACCAAGGAGAUGCGCCUUGUUGGUCCUGUGCCCUCAGUACUGUGCCCAUGGCCCGAACUUGAGGCACACCUAGUUUGCGACAGGCCUUUCUGUUUUGUUGUUUUGUUUUGCAACAAUGCAGAUGUGAAGGGAUUGCAGUUCUAGCGCCGGCGCUAAUUUCUGGGCCCCUUUCGCUGUCUUGGGCCUCCUGGAGGGACAAAUGCAAUACAAGGCAAUUAGAAGCCUGCUAGGCUAAGGGCGGUGCGCCUCGGACGGUCAGUCUUAGGGCCCAGCGGUCCUCGGGGAUCGGAGG